UUUUUUCUUCGAUUAAUCCCGAAAUCCAAAAAUGUUUGCUGCUGCGAUUUCCAAGCGCAAAACCCAUUUGAGGUUUCAACAUUGUUACGCCACUAUUACUGUUCCAGUUGCCGCAGACCUUUUUCAUUCACCACUCUGCAGGGGUUCAGAAAAAUCCAUCUUGUUAAUUCUGUUAAAUCCAUCCCAAUAGGAGCCUUCUGGAUUUGGCCGUUCUUCCAAAUUCUGAGUUAUUAUGUUUCUAGUCAUCGUUCAAUUGCAACACAAACUUCUCCUUCUCAUGAUAUGCAUGAUAGAAUUUUGAAUGAAAUACUUUCCGAGUUGGAGAACUCUGCAAUUUCUUGUGAGAAAAUAUGUAUCUCCAAGAUUGAUAAGCUAUGUAGUGCUGGAGACCUUACAACUGCUGCUAGACUAUUGCGGUCUUUACGUGAGCAACGAAUCUUUCUUGGCCCUCGAGCAUAUAAUAUCCUUCUUCAAGCAGCAGGUGAACAAGAUGACACUGAUAUUCUAUUACACACUUUCAAGGAUUUAUUGGUAUUCUGUAAUUCUAUUAAGUCGGCUUCCUGUCAGAUCCUUGCCAAGGCUCUGGUUAAGGAAAGUGAUGAUGUUUUCUUGUUGAAAUUUGUCAGAGAAGUUUCAGAAUUGAUAAUUCCAAUAAGUGCAAUCACUUUGAACAGGAUCAUAUUUGCCUUUGGUGAGUUUAGACAGAUUGAUAAAGCUCUGAUAAUAUUCGAGGAAAUGAAGAAUCUGAAGUGUAAACCAGAUUUGGUUACAUAUAACACUAUUUUAGUGAUAUUGGGCCGGUGUGGUCAGGUAGAUGAUAUGCUUCAUAAGUUUGCUGAAAUGAAAGAGGCCAAUAUUGCUCCAGAUACUAUUUCUUAUAAUACCAUUAUAAAUAGUUUACGCAAAGUCGGUAGGCUUGAUUUAUGCUCAGCAUUUUUUAAAGAAAUGGGUGAAAGAGGAGUUCAACCUGAUUUGCAAACAUACACACCAUUGAUUGACAACUUUGGAAGGUCUGGGAACAUUGAGGAAGCACUGAGACUUUUUGAUGAGAUGAAGCACCGAAGAAUUCGCCCAUCGAUUUAUGUCUAUCGUUCGCUAAUUAGUAACUUAAACAAGAUGGGGAAGUUGAAGUUAGCUACAAAAUUUUCAAACGAGAUGGAUGCAUGUCUUUCAGGUCUUGUUGGUUCAAAGGACUUCAAAAGGAAAAGAGAUAAAUGA